UCUUAUGACUCAAAUACUCUUUAGAUUUUUGUUCUCUCCUUGCUCCUAUACAUACAUUUGAGGCAGCAGCAUAUCGCGAUAUUGCAAUAGACCCUUAGAGGACUGCAUAUAGACCGCCCACCACCGUCAUGGCUUCCUCCGAGUACCCCGCAUCCACCCACACUCCCCGCUAUUUGACCGGCGACGCGGCCGGCAUCCGUGAGUUCAUAGACAAGUUUGAUGUGUUCCUGUUUGACUGCGAUGGGGUUCUCUGGUCCGGGGACCACCUUUUCCCUGGCACAAACGAGACAUUAGAACUGUUAAGAAGCAAAGGCAAGCAAGUAGUCUUCGUGACGAACAACAGCACGAAAUCCCGCGCCGACUACGUGAAGAAGCUCGCCGGAUUAGGCAUUCCCAGCUCGACGGAAGAAAUCUUCUCCUCCUCCUACAGCGCCUCCAUCUACAUCUCGCGCAUCCUGCAACUCCCGCCCACCAAGCGCAAAGUCUUCGUGAUCGGCGAAACGGGCAUCGAGCAGGAACUCCGCGCCGAGCACGUCCCCUUCCUCGGCGGCACCGACCCGGCCUACCGCCGCGAGAUCGCCCCGGAGGACUACCCGAAGAUCGCCGCCGGCGACCCCAGCCUCCUCGACCCGGAGGUUGGGGUGGUGCUGGUCGGCCUCGACUUCCAUCUCAACUACCUCAAGCUGGCGCUGGCGUUCCACUACAUCCGCCGCGGCGCGGUCUUCCUGGCCACGAAUAUCGAUAGUACGCUGCCGAACGCGGGGUCCCUGUUCCCCGGCGCCGGGUCGAUGAGUGCGCCCCUGAUCAUGAUGUUGGGCGGACGGGAGCCGGUGUCCCUGGGCAAGCCGAAUCAGGCGAUGAUGGAUGCCAUUGAGGGGAAGUUCCAUUUUGACCGCCAGCGCGCGUGUAUGGUGGGCGAUCGCGCGAAUACGGAUAUCCGGUUUGGGGUCGAGGGGAAACUGGGGGGCACGUUGGGGGUGUUGACCGGGGUGAGCAGCAAGGAGGACUUUGUGGAGGGCGAGGUCAGGCCCGCGGCUUAUUUGGAUCGGUUGGCGGAUUUGUUGGGGUGUGAGUGAUUCUGAUUCUGGGAGGUUUCUUGGGUGAGGGUUGGGAGAGUUAGGGGUAUGUUUUGGACAACCGGGAGGGCGAAUUAUGAUUUUGGCUCUUGUGUAUGGGGUUAGGUUGCUUAGAAUAUAGAAGAUAUCCCUUUUCUUGUGAACCUCCGCUAUGUACAUAUGGUGUUGCGGCGGGUGUAAGAAUGACUUAUCAGGAGGAAAGGUGAGGAUCGAGGUGC